CGACCAAGGGAUGGUAUAAAUAUUGGAUUAUACCAAAUCCUAUUAGCCAGUAGUAUACCGGACGUCCACGGGACAGAGCGCGACCAAAAACAAAAAAAACAGCCAAAAACAGAAUCGUUUUCUGUGUUCAUUCAAGUAACGGAAGUUUAUUAGAUAAUCCAAAUCCGCCAAAAUGUGUGACGAUGAUGUUGCCGCGCUGGUCGUUGACAAUGGUUCCGGUAUGUGCAAGGCCGGUUUCGCCGGAGACGAUGCGCCACGUGCUGUGUUCCCGUCGAUUGUUGGCCGUCCCCGGCACCAGGGUGUGAUGGUCGGUAUGGGCCAGAAGGAUUCCUACGUCGGCGAUGAGGCCCAGAGCAAGCGAGGUAUCCUGACGCUGAAGUACCCGAUCGAGCACGGAAUCAUCACCAACUGGGAUGAUAUGGAGAAGAUCUGGCAUCACACCUUCUACAAUGAGCUGCGAGUGGCCCCAGAAGAACACCCGGUCCUGCUCACUGAAGCUCCUCUGAACCCAAAGGCCAAUCGCGAGAAGAUGACCCAGAUCAUGUUCGAGACCUUCAACUCACCCGCCAUGUAUGUCGCCAUCCAGGCUGUCCUGUCCCUGUACGCUUCCGGUCGUACCACCGGUAUUGUGCUGGACUCCGGUGAUGGUGUUUCCCACACUGUUCCCAUCUACGAAGGUUACGCUCUGCCACAUGCCAUCCUCCGUCUGGAUCUGGCUGGACGUGAUCUGACCGAUUACCUGAUGAAGAUCCUGACUGAACGUGGCUACUCGUUCACCACCACGGCAGAACGAGAAAUCGUUCGUGACAUCAAGGAAAAGCUGUGCUACGUUGCCCUGGACUUUGAACAGGAAAUGGCCACCGCCGCUGCUUCGACCGCCCUGGAGAAGUCCUACGAACUCCCUGACGGACAGGUUAUCACCAUCGGAAACGAACGCUUCCGCUGCCCAGAAUCUCUCUUCCAGCCAUCCUUCCUAGGUAUGGAAUCGUGCGGUAUCCACGAAACGGUCUACAACUCAAUCAUGAAGUGCGACGUCGAUAUCCGCAAGGACCUGUACGCUAACAUCGUCAUGUCUGGUGGUACCACCAUGUACCCCGGUAUUGCCGAUCGUAUGCAAAAGGAAAUCACCGCCCUCGCUCCGUCCACCAUCAAGAUCAAGAUCAUUGCCCCACCAGAGCGCAAAUACUCCGUCUGGAUCGGUGGAUCCAUCCUGGCAUCGCUGUCCACCUUCCAGCAGAUGUGGAUCUCCAAGCAGGAAUACGACGAAUCCGGCCCAGGAAUCGUCCACCGCAAGUGCUUCUAAGAACUGCAACCGAAAGGAAGUCACCAGCAACGAUACGCCACAAACAGUGUUAACUAGCUUUAAAAUAACGUACAGAUCAUUCGCCAAAAAAAAAUUUCUGUUCGAACUUAUCGAAUUAUCUCAAGACUGCCUUUUAA